AUGAGAGCCCCGUGGCUCGUCCUGAUUCUCACCGUGAUCCUGGACCCGUUGUUGCUCCUGGGGGAGGCGGUAUGUCACCGUAAUGACACCAACUUAAGUGCCGCUGGCCAAAGGUCAGGAGAGACUCUGUCCAGACGGAGACGGGAGCUCACUUUUCCAAAGGGAAGCGCUUUCGUGAUGACUCUUGUUCUUCUAAAGGCUAUUCAACUUAAUGAGCCUAAAAACUGGAACUUAGACCUAGAAUUCGAUGUAAUAUGGCCUAUACCUAGCCAGGAAGAUUUGAAGAAGGUUACUAUCAAAAGACCGUCUAAACUAAAACGGCGACAUAGGCGCGAACUCUAUGCUAAUUUGGAAUUAGCGUUGGACAGUCAAAAUUUACCAGGACGAUUAUGCAUUCUGCGCACAAUUUGCGAAGCGAAAACGGUACUAAGUCCCCCAGGAUUUUCAAUUAUCGAAGAUGCUAUACGAAUUAUUUUAAGAAAUUUCGAAGAUGCUGAUAAUUACGAUUGCUACGAUAUUGCAUAUCGAACGAGUGAUUGUGAGGUUGUUUAUCCUUGUCCAUUUUCACUCUUGAAAUUAUUGUUAUAUAAUUUAUAUACAGGGGAAACGCGAAAAAUCUGUGAUAUUCCCGAUAUUACUGCGCGAAUAAAUACCUAA